CAUAGACGGCUUAGAACAAAGAUUUCAAGAGGCAUAACAAUGAUAUGGGAAUAGCUGAAACAGCGUUUCUCUAAGGUCGCCCAACGCCCACACAUGUAAUGGUGGCUAGGGCGGGUCGGUGUCACUGAGGUGGAUGGUGUUGAAGGGGUUGGGAUGGCGCGGCGCGGGCGGCGGGAGGCACGGGCGCGGUGAGGCUGGCGGGUGCGAUGCACCGGCGCGCGGCGCUGCUGGCGUUGACCCUCCUUGUUCUUGCGGCUUCUGGUCGGAGGUUGCGCGUGCUCAAGGACGACGCCGCCGCGUUCUACGUGGGCAUCGCCGCUCCGCCGUCGGCCGCAAGCGUCGUGCGCGCCUUCAAUCGCACCCUGGGCGACGUCUCGCAGACCUACCUGGCUGGCGACUUUCCGCUGCACCUGCGCAAUAUAUCGCUGCUGCCGCUGUACAUCGAGUUACCAGAAGAUGAAAGAUUCAGUUCGCGGGUGUUGGAGCAAGCGUGCUCAGCGUUCGAGGGGAGGCGGGUGGCCGCGCUGCUGGUCUGUAGCGGAGGCGCUGCCGCUACGGCCCUGGUCUCCGCAGCCACGCAUGCUGGCGUCCCUACCAUACGAGCAUCACCUUCCCAUCUGCAUCUUCCCUAUACCAUCGCUAAUGACAUGCUGACUUUGGAAAUUCGUCUCGAAAUAACAAUAAGGGAAACAUUACAUGCACUCAGGGCGACUCUCUUACACACGCAUUGGCAUGCCUUCACGUUACUUACCGAGGAGGAUAUUUACUUAACUUUGUCCCUAAGGAAAGAUCUAUCUUCGAUACUCAACGCUCAACCGCUUAAUCCUAAAUGGCUUCCGCUUCCUUCAAGUCGUUCACGUCGUGUUGUUUUCAGGCGGUUGGCUGAUAUAUCAAGGUUGACUCGAGGUGUUGUCGUUAUGAUAUGCGAUGUGAAAUAUGCCAAGCUGAUAACAAAUGAAGCUAAGCGUCUCAACAUGCUUGAUGGACAUUUUUUUUGGCUAUGGAUUGAUGCUUCUAGAGAAUUCAAUGUUUUUCACGAUAGUUAUAAUAAAACGCAAUAUGCCCAGCGUUCCGAAAAACAUUCAGAUGCUGAAAAUUUUGAGGAUGAAACAAUUGAUUUCGAUCGUUUUGAACGCAUUAAGAAGGAUUAUAUUGACAAUAAUAACACAGUGAAAGAAACAAGAAUUGUCAAUACAUUAAUGAAAAAGGUUUCCCGCGAAACGCUCAUUAAGGAUGCUGGUUAUUUUGUAAUGAAUAAAUCUAGUAACUCCUUCAUUCGUCGUAUAAUAAGGAAUAUUAAUAAGACAGAAACGCACAUUAAUAAUAAAUCAUUAUUUGUAAAUUUUAGUCAAUCGUAUGAAAGUAGUAGCAAUAUUAGUUCUGAGAGUAUAAGAAAUUAUAAUGUAAAUAAUAAAGGCGUUGAAACUUCUAAAAUUGAAAGCAAUUCAGUCGAGAAGGAAAGCAAGUCUUCCCUCGACCGAAAUAAUAGUAGGCAAACUAGUUCUAGUAAAUUAAAAAAUGAAUCAUUUAAUAAAUAUGUAAAUAGUAUAAGUGUACGUGAUAUGUAUGAGAGUAAUGAUGUGUUGAAACGAAGUGAGGAGAGAAGUAGUGGAGAUCUUAUAAGUAGAUUAUCUUUUUCAAGUGAUAUUAGUGAUUUCUUGAUGAAUCCCACGGUGCAUACUUCGGCUAAUAUUAGAAAUACGGCUAAAAAAAGAAACGAUCCUUUAGUUGAGGAUCAAAUUAUGGACGAACCAAUUAUUGAUGUAAAGGACAAUGUGACGGAAAUAUUAAACAGUUUACCAAUAGGUCUCUUGGCUUUACAUCCAGAACCUAUGAACAUAGAUGAAGAGUUUAUACACAACGCAGUUAGACUGAUAAUAGGAGCUCUAAGAAGAGUGUUGUAUGCAUGCGACGCAUGGUCAGCUCAAGCUCAAUUCCUAAGCGAUGCAACAGCUUCUUGCUGGGAAGAAACUAGUGAUGUAGCUACUGAUUUUUCAUUGGAAUUUGUAAGAGAAAUGAGGAUAAAUACAGCUGCAGUUCUAGAUGGUGGAUCAGAACAAUCAGAAAGAUCAUUGAGGGCACAGUUUUCGUUUCUUAAUUUGGUACCGAAUCCGGAAGGAGGUAAUAAGUGGAGGCAGGUUGGGCAUAUAAUUGGUCGUACGGUUAAGUUGCAUACAAUUAUUUGGCCUGGUGGUCGAUUAGUGGCACAUGGACAAUCCACUGGAGCUCGUACUAUAUUUCGUGUUGUAACAGCUCUAGCUCCACCAUUCGUUAUGGAAGGAGAGCUUGAUGAAGAUGGUCAAUGUCUCAGAGGCUUACCUUGUCAUCGGCCGCAGACAUCGGAUAGAGAUAACCUUACCCUGGCAUUUGUUCCGGGAAGAGAAAGUGAACCUAUAAGAGAAGAUUUCUUUAUGCCUACCUCAAAACCAGAUACAUACACAAAAAUGGCAACGCAUUGUUGUUAUGGACUUGCUAUGGAUCUUUUAGAAAACAUCGCGCAAGAACUUGAAUUUGAUUUUCAUUUAUACAUUGUUGAGGAUGGAUUGUACGGAUCAAGGAAACACAUGAAGCCAUUUCAGAAGAUAUAUGAAAAUACUAAUACAGUUAACGAAUAUAUGUCCAAUGAGGAAAAUUAUCGCUCGCAGUAUCGAAGAGGCUACGAAACACUGCAUAAGAGUAAUGUACAUAAUGUUUCAGAAGAAAAUUUUGAUGAAGAUCGCGAAAAGUGGGAUGGUAUAAUUGGGGAUCUGGUUUCUGGUGCUGCACAUAUGUCGUUUGCUGCUCUAAGCGUUUCCUCAGCAAGAGCAGAAGUUGUAGACUUUAGUCAGCCAUAUUUUUUUAGCGGGAUAUCAAUUUUAGCUGCACCUAAUCAGAGGCCUGAUAUACCGUUACUCGCAUUCCUUCUGCCAUUUUCACCGGAGCUAUGGGUAGCAAUUUUUACAUCGUUAAAUAUAACUGCAAUCGCUGUAGCUAUUUACGAGUGGCUUUCACCAUUUGGAUUAAAUCCAUGGGGACGUCAGCGAUCUAAAAACUUUAGUAUUUCGAGUGCUUUAUGGGUGAUGUGGGGUUUACUUUGUGGACAUUUAGUUGCAUUUAAGGCGCCAAAAAGUUGGCCUAAUAAAUUUCUCAUUAAUGUUUGGGGUGGAUUUUCUGUAAUUUUCGUAGCGAGCUAUACAGCUAACAUAGCAGCUCUUAUAGCCGGAUUAUUUUUUCACAAUGCUGUUGAUGAAUUUCAAGGAAGAAGUAAUUGGUUAACGUUAAAAGUGGGUACUCCAAGAUCAUCUGCAGCUGAAUACUAUGUACAGAGAAAUAAUCCUCAAUUGGCUCAACAAAUGCGUCGUUAUGGCAUUCAAGACAUUGAAGAGGGCAUAGAAAGACUUAGAAAUGGAACAUUGGACCUUUUGAUAGCUGAUACACCUGUCCUUGAUUAUUACCGUGCGACGGAUCACGGAUGUAAACUACAGCGGGUCGGAGAGCAUUCCCUCACCGACGACACUUACGCCAUUGGCAUGGCUAAGGGCUUUCCAUUAAAGGACAGUGUAUCAGCUGUGAUCGCUAAAUAUUCAUCGAAUGGUUAUAUGGACAUAUUAACAGAAAAGUGGUAUGGAGCUUUGCCGUGUUUCAAGCUUAGUCCGGAUUAUGGUAUUCAACCGAAACCUCUGGGGGUGGCAGCGGUUGCUGGAGUAUUUAUACUCCUGGGAGUGGGAAUGGUCGUAGGCUGUUUAAUACUAAUAUUGGAGCACCUUUUUUAUAAAUAUACAUUGCCGAUAUUACGACACCAACCGAAAGGAACAAUAUGGAGAAGUAGGAACAUAAUGUUUUUUAGUCAGAAAUUGUACCGGUUCAUAAAUUGUGUUGAGUUGGUAUCUCCGCAUCAUGCAGCUCGGGAGCUUGUAAACACCAUUCGUCAAGGGCAUUUCACCUCACUUUUCCAAAAGAGUGUUAAAAGGAAGGAACACGAACAACGCAGGCGAAGAAAAAGCAAAGCUCAGUUUUUCGAAAUGAUUCAAGAAAUCAGAAGAGUUCAACAAGGUCGAGAUCAUUCACUGGAUUCGAUUAAAGAAAAUGUCGCAAUCGAAACCUCGGAGGUGUCAGAAGAAAUGACAGAGUCAAAGUUCUUAUCGCCCUCCCCCGAUGUUUCUAGCCGGUCACCUCGCCAAAGUAGGUCACCCCGACAACUUCGGUCUCCCAGAAGCCGAAGAAAAAGAUCUAGUCUCGCUGGACUGAACGUUCGACGUUUUAGUACAGAUUCAGUUCUCGGCUCAGAUUCAGCUUCAAUAUAUGAAAGGACAAGUCUCAAUAUUGGUCGGAGAUUGAGUCGUGACGUAAGUUUUUUAACAAGCUCUCCUCCGGAUAUUAAUACUAGAUUGAGAUCGCCUUCUCCAAUGGUACGGCGAGCUGAAGGUUCUUCCACUAGGUCUUAUCAAGAUGUUUCUGAAAAGAAUCACAACUAUCUAACGAUAGAUGCCCCGAGUCAUCGCGCGAGCAUAGAAAUUAUGGUUUCGCAGGAAAGUGAAACAAUACCUCCAGCUCCGCCUUACCCUCGUGUAUCUCCUACGGGAGCUAAAUCCGAAUUGUCAAUACUAUCUGAAGAGGAAUUAUUAAGACUGUGGCGAAGUUCAGACCGAGAGGUGAAAGAAGCGUUAUUAGCUGCGCUCCAAGAAAAAAGAGCAAAUCUGGACCCCAAACAAGAUCCGGGCUGAGCGGCUUGAUAAAGCGCUCUACUGAAAGGAAAUAAAUUUUUUGGAAAUCACUUCGUAUUCCUUAUUGUUGCAGCUCGUCACGUGGUGAAUAAUAAGGAGUGUAGUUACGCGACCGCACGGAGUAGUUGAGCUGUAUCUUUCUUAAAUUGUUUGAUGCGGAUACAUCGAACAGAUGUUAGUUUAACGAUCAGUGUUCAUUUUAGUGUCUUGUCGUUGUAUUGGGGGUGCUGCCUUACAUUUAAUAUUUAUUUAACUAUAAAUCAGCAUCAAAUAAUUUAAUAAAAGUGCUAUGCAAGUGCGAUGAUUUUGAAAAAUAAUUACGUCCAAUAUGUUUUUAAGAAACGAUGAUUGAAUAUUUAUGUGUGUAAAAUUUAGCAUAACAUAUUAUAUUAGUUAAAAUUUUAAGUGUGUAUGAGUAUGUUAUCGGCUAAGACCAUAUUUAAAGUGCUUUAUCCUACUAUUAGUGUAGCUUGCAUUAUACCGAGUUAUGUUGUAAUGCAAAAUUAAUGAUAAAUAAACGUGUCUAUUCGAAACGACUUAUUCAGAAAUGAAUUAAAAUGUAAUAUUAAGUGUAUCAUAGGAAUAUGAUGAUUAAAAUAUAUAUUAUAUCCAAAUGUAACAAAAAUUUGUUCAUUAAUGAUGAUAUAUGCUUA